AACCACUCCGUCUCAAACACGCUCAGGUGAAUUGCUUUCCCCCCCCCUUUUUUUCCCUUUUCUUUUCUCUCCCCCUCUCUUUCGGUUGUUGCGGCCACCCCUCCAAGACGCCCGGCGGGUAGGACCGGUCCUCAGCCAUUCAUGAGUGACUCACUAUAAAUAAUCGCGUAGUAUGAGUGAGAAAGAAGUUGAAUGAGCACGUGAAAGAAAGUAGGGACCGAUCUUGGCUGUGUGAGAAAAAAUAAAAAAAGGGGAGAAAGAAGGUGUGUACGUUUGAGCGCGGAAUAACAACAACAGUACAGCAUUGCGCCGUUUCAUAGAGAGAGAGAUAGUAUAUUAGUUGGACUAGUUGCUUCUAACCCAAAGGACAGUCACAAAAUGCACGUGGUUCAGAGGUGCUCUUGGUGGAUGACUAUAGUGUGGCUAGUGGCAGCUCUUAGCACUGUCAGGACUGCUAUGGUAUCCAGAUUUCCCUUGAAUUUUCGACAUAACCACAAAAUGGCUUUCAGGAUCUUUUACCAAAUUGGGACUAGUGAAUCCGAUUUGCCUGAAUGCUCAGAGAUGGCCGUAUGCAACAGGGUGGAUACAUAUUCUACACCUUGGAUAGAAAGACAGUGCAGAUGCCCUGGGAAAAAAGUGUGUUCUAUGUCAGUUGAUCCUAGAGAUGGAUACACGGUAGUGGACAAAUCAAGGCAGUUGAAGCUCUGCGAGCCAGUGAAUCAGUUGCCUACUUGCCGCUAUUUUCGGGAUGUUGCUUGGACCUACGCAACAUAUCCCGACAAUACAACAAAGCAAACGAUGCAUUGCGUCUGCCCCAAGAAUAGUGUCGCUUACAUAUUCAAGCACGAAAUAUACAAUACACCAGAUGGAGUAGCCAUUUUGUACUUCCUCGCCUGUUCACCGCAAAGUAAAAUGCGUUGCCAGAGAAAGGAACCUUGCCGCCUUUUCACUGUAAAAAAGAGGCCAGAUGUCGAAGAGGUGAGCACCAAUACUCUCUGCCAAUGUCCAAGAGGUCAUUAUUGUCCGGAACAUCAUAGUCAACCAUCGGUCAUCUCCAGUCCGUCGAGUUUCACGGAAGAACACAUUCGGACUUAUAGUGGCUAUUGCACGUCGGAACUUUCUUGAUAAAACCGAGAUUUCAAAUCUGCGUUUUGUUAAAAAGCAUUCAAGAUCACUUGCGACCAAGGUAGUAUUACUUAUGCCCGUGUAUCAUGUGGCAGCAGAUAGAAACUGCAUUAACAAUGGAGGAAGCUCAUGGAGAAGAGCAGAAUAUCCAUAACCGGAACUUUUGUAAACGAAAGCCAAUAAUUCAUUUCAAAUCCAAAGUCAUACGUUUUUAUUUUCAUUAAAUAUCGACAUUUCUUUUGAGAUUUUUAGCUAUGGACAUACUAUUCGUUGUUUAAAUUAUGUACAACCAUUUGAUCAAAGUCAUGAUAAAUCCCGUUGUAUCAUUAAAUAACGCAUAAAUUAGUUAACACCCGUAAACUAAAUUUUUUGAACUAUCAGAUGGUUAAUUAAUGUUUUAACUUUAAGGAGUAUUUUUUGAGAAGAAUUAUAAACUUUAUAAUAUGUUAUGGUUUAAAUAAGUAUAAUUAAAAUAAGUAGAACUGUCAAUGAGCUUAUAAAUAUUAACAAUGCAUAAAUUAUAGAGCACCUGGAUAGCGUCUAAAAAUGCUAGUACAUUAAUUUUUAAUUUAAAAAUAAAUAGAUCAAUUUAAAUGAAAAUUAUUUUUUUUAAACAUAGAAAUUGUGAAAAACUGAUACAAAUAAUAAUUGUAUGGCAUUUUGGGAUCAUCAGUGGCAACAACAAAUAAAAUGUUAUGGUUAAUGUGAUUAAUCGAUAAUUAUUAAUAAUAAACAGUAAAAGUGAUUAAUCGAUUUGGCACAAUUACCGAUUAUAUUAUAUUAUGCAAUUAUGAUUACAAAUAUGCAGUUUAGAUUAGAUAUUAUUAUGUUGUAUCUGAAUUUAAAAUCAAAUUGAAUGAUGUUUUUAUUUAUAUGUAAUAAUAAUCAACAACUGUAUAAAAUUCUGAUUCAUGGAAUUUUUAACAGCAGAAUUAUGCAGUGCUUAUUUAUUUUCCUAAUCUUUAAUACGGCAUUCCUUCCUAUUUUCACUAAGAGAGGAAUUGCGAUUAGCCUUUCUGCUUUUAUAUAAAAUAGCUUUAUAAAUUUAAAAAAAGCUCAUUUCAAAAUUAUAAAGCAUUCAGAAUCAAAUGUUGGCAUCACUCAAAAUUUGCGAAAGAUUGAUCCAUAUGUUUUUUUUUUUUUGUAGUCUUUUAGAUUGCUAUUAUGUUAUGUUAUAAACUUGUAUAUGUUAUAAACUAUAUUUGAUUUACAACAAUGCUUUAAAUUAUCUUUGUUAAAGAAAAUCGCAAACAGUGCAAAAGCAAGCAGUGUUUUCCACUUCUAAUAUGUCUCGAUUCAAAACGUCACGACACGCAUAUGUCAAAAACGUGAACGACUGCAAAUUCAUUCUUUCGCCAUUAGUAAGCCAUCACGUGACAUCCAAAAUAGCAACCUACUAAUCAUCCGAUUAGCUUCAGAUGUACAUGCACAGAGGAGCGGUGCGCCGGUGAAUACAAAUCUCGAUACCUUUUCACCAACCUCUCCCACCUUUAGCAGAAGUUUUUCACGGUCCCGUGAAUUCAUAACGUUCCCUGGAGUCGCAUUCAAAGGAUGAUAAUAAAGAAAGGUUUUUCUCAAUGGUACUGUGCGAGGGUGGGAUUGCUGGUAAAGGUGAAGACCAAAGUGCCCAGUGACACGGCCCACUGGUCGAGUGGUCAGAGGUCCUGCCACCCAAUCGAUUGCCCUUUCUUGUUCCCCUCUCUCUUUCGCUCCUAUCCACAUAUAGAAAAGUAUGGGAAUUGUCACAGGUGGACUCUUCCCAGGCGCAGUCUGAGAAAAUACAAAACCUUAAGGCUACAGAAUGGGGCCCAUUUACAAUUUUGGCUUUCACUCUCUCAAACGAACGUGGGACUUCCGACUCCUAUUUUAUUCAACAUAAAAGGUGGUCUUUUACCCUUUUGAUACCAAUUGUUCUUUAUCCAAAAUAGAAUACAUACAAAGCAUUGAAUGUUUAUCAAUUUGGAGGCUUUUCUUGUUAAAAUAUUUUGCGUAAUAGAGAUUAUAAUAAAAGAUCGGGGAAGGCAUUUUUAUUAUUAACGUAGAAUCGAAUUAAUUGCAAUAUUUUAAAUGAAAGAUAAUUUCCAUAAUUGAUUACAAUUGACCGUUCAUUCUUAAAAGCAAAAAAACAUUGAGAAGUUUCACAUGCUUGAUUAAAAUUCUCACUAUUUUACUUUAACUAUCAUAUACAAAAUAGUGUGCAUAAAAACAAUUAAUCAGAAAAAGAACAAAUAAGUUUUUAUUAUUAAUUUGAAUGAAUAAAAUUUAGCAAUUACAUUUUUAAUUUUCGUUAAACAUAGGGAUUUAUCAUGACUAUAAAUUUAGAUUAUUUAACUUUUUUUUCUGUUGCUGAUUUAUUAGAAAUAUUUAAUUCAUUCUGCAUUUAAUUAAAUUCUUGGUUGCACUUGUGAAUUUUGAGCUAUCUGCUAAGACAAAAUAACCAGAACUGGCAAUAUUAAGAUACAAAAUGUAUAUAAAGUGUAAAUGUUGACUCGUCCUCUGUAAAUGUCUUGGAGUGUGAUUUGGAAUAGAACAUGUGUAGUACAAUUUUUGUGUAAGAUGUUUGUAAAUACUAGAGUUUUUUUUUUUAAUGUAUAUUCAUUUUUUUGUGUGUCUUUAUAUAGAAUUCUGGCACAAUUUUAUUUGAAUGUAAAGCUUUGGAUUGUUAUUGUGCCAUAUUUUCACUUGAUGCUUUCAGAAAUAGUUCAGUAUAUGUACAUUGAUUUACAUUUUGGAUCUAAUUCACAAAUGUCUAUAAAAAAAUACUUAUUUCAAGUUAUGUCAUUUCAAAAAUUCACUUCUCUGAUUUAUUGCUACGACUUUCGAGAAAUUGCAAUGAUUUCUUUUUUCUCAUACAUGUGCUUUUUUCCCUCCUUCAUAAUGCAUCACAUAGUUUACUCCAUUAAUAAACUGAUCAAGAAAAUGAAAUAUGGUUUAUCAUAACUUUUUCAGAUUUUGAAGAAAUAUUUUUUGUAAAAAAAAAUUGUAUAAUGUGUA